AUGGGGGCAAUAACAAAUACAUUCUCCAGGAGUAACAAGUACCUCCAGAACAAGUACCUUCAGAACAAGUACUUCCAGAACAAGUACUUCCAGAACAAGUACCUCCAGAACAAGUACCUCAAGAACAAGUACUUCCAGAACAAGUACCUACAGAACAAGUACCUACAGAACAAGUACCUACAGAACAAGUACCUCCAGAACAGGUACUUCCAGAACAGGUACUUCCAGAACAAGUACCUCCAGAACAGGUACUGCCAGAACAAGUACCUCCAGAACAAGUACCUCCAGAACAAGUACUUCCAGCUCAAGUACUUCCAGAACAAGUACCUCCAGAACAAGUACCUCCAGAACAAGUACUUCCAGAACAAGUACCUCCAGAACAGGUACUGCCAGAACAAGUACUUCCAGAACAAGUACCUACAGAACAAGUACCUCCAGAACAAGUACCUUAAGAACAAGUACCUCCAGAACAAGUACUUCCAGAACAAGUACCUCCAGAACAGGUACUUCCAGAACAAGUACCUACAGAACAAGUACCUACAGAACAAGUACUUCCAGAACAAGUACUUCCAGAACAGGUACUUCCAGAACAAGUACCUCCAGAACAAGUACCUACAGAACAAGUACUUCCAGAACAAGUACCUUCAGAACAAGUACCUACAGAACAGGUACUUCCAGAACAAGUACCUCAAGAACAAGUACCUCCAGAACAAGUACCUACAGAACAAGUACCUACAGAACAAGUGCCUCCAGAACAAGUACCUACAGAACAGGUACCUCCAGAACAAGUACCUCAAGAACAAGUACCUCCAGAACAAGUACCUCCAGAACAAGUACCUACAGACCUACAGAACAAGUACCUCCAGAACAAGUACUUCCAGAACAGUGAUAUGCUGCUCUGGUCCGGUUGUUAAAGUAGUCGGUGUUAUACUGGCUGACACCAUGGGGGAGAUUGACGUCAAUGCAGAGGUUCAUACGAAAUUAUUUGGGAGGAAAACAGUCAUUCUGAUUUUGUUUUCUGUGACAAUCACAACAUUGCUAUCUGUACACAAGAAACUAGAAGACAUGGUUAAUAAAACAUUGAGAAAUCAAGACAUCUACCAUGCAAUUCGAGCACGAUUUGAUCACCUUAAUUUCAACCUUCACCAAGUCUCCGGAACCGUCCCUCAAAACGAGGAGAAUUUUGAAAGCAUUUCUUUGACGAAUGUGUCCAGAUUUUCUACACCAUGGCGAAUUGAUGAGCUUGUGUUUCAUGAGGACAAAUCACCCGUUCUUGUCAAAGGAAACAUGCAUUUCGCUGACAAUCAAAGCAGAGGCAUUUUCUUUAACUAUCUCAAAGAUUUCAAUUUCUACAAACCAGUUUUGAACGCCGAGAAUAGGAAAAGACUGAUACAGACUCUAGAAGUGUUUGCCGACGUGUGUCUUAGGAACGGCAUACGUCACUUCCUGUUUGGCGACACCUUGCUUGGUUUGUAUCGGCACCAGGGAUUCGUUCCAUGGACAGGAAGUUCUCAUGUUUGUGUACACGAAUCUGAUUGGUUGAAAUUACGUUCUUCUCUGAUGGUCUUGCCUCAUUUCAGCACUGACGUGAUUGGGAACAAACCGUGGAAAUUUUAUUCCAAGGAAUAUCAAGCUAACCAUCCAGAUCCAUUUCCAUAUUUGGAUAUUUCCUUCUUUAGAAAAGACGUGUCCCAUAUAUGGUCAGUAAAUCCUUCAGCAAUGCCUUUGUUUCUGUAUAAGAAAAGUGACGUCUUCCCAUUGCAAUGGAGACCUUUUGAACAGUUGUCUCUACCAGUUCCACGUAAUAUGGAAUUCAUACUCAAAGAAUUUUACGGGAAUGUGACUGAUGACUGUCAUUCGGACAACUUUCUUGUUGCCAGCUACGUCAGGAAGAUCUCCAACUCGUUUGUCAACCUACCAUGCAAGUUUCUGCAUGCCGUCUACCCGUUUGUAUUUCGUAAAACAUCACGUGAUACACUUACUGAAGUCUUAAAGGUAGGACACACUGUGCUGAGUUCAAGAACAGAAAAAAAUCAUAUGCAUAAAAUAAAGCAUUAA